ACAGACCGACACCGAGAAGGUGAAUUGAUGUGCGAAAGCCUGCGACACGUCACUUUCCUGAGAAAUAAUCAUGCAAAAGAAAGAAAUGGCGUAAACCAUAACCCCAUAAAACAAGAGAGCGAACAAGACACAUCUUCAAGGGAGACCCUCGCGUUCUCACGCUUAUUGGGAAUAUUUUGGGUGUGGCGUGUUGGCCGAGGGAGCUGUCAGUCUGCAGCUGGCCUAUCUGGAGCUCUCAGUAGAAUGGACCAGAGCAGACAGUCUAGCUGAGGAUGCCUCCCGUCCAUCCCCAUCUCUACACCUGCUCUCUCACUUCUCACACCAUGCUAGGAAGACGCACUCUGCACCUCUGCUUCUGACCCCCCCCACCCCACCCCUCCCAAUACCUUAUUUAUCCCAGUAUCUCCAAUAACCUACUAAUUUUAGGUUAUUUGGAGGUCCUUUCUAUACCCAUUUCUGCCCACGAGUGAACUCUUGGUCAUAAUUUGUUUUUCUGGCCAGAAGACUGAAGGACAUGUCCUUCUUCUCAGAGAGUGGUCCCAGACGGCAGGGUUCUGGUGGGACGCGGCGCUCCAGCCCCCGCAGGAUGUCUGACCCGUGUCUGGUGUGUCUCCUGAGCCUGGCCCUCUGCCUGACCCUGUCUUCCUGUCAGCGGGCCGACCUCAGCGGGAAACACCCCAUGGUCACCACGGGCUAUGGCAAGCUGCGCGGCGUCAGGAAGGAGCUCAACAACGAGAUCCUGGGGCCCGUGGAGCAGUACUUGGGCGUGCCCUAUGCCACCCCGCCCAUCGGCGAGCGUCGCUUCCAGCCCCCUGAGGCACCAGGUUCCUGGCAGGAGAUCCGCAACGCCACCCAGUUUGCCCCUGUAUGCCCGCAGAACGUACACGGGGUGCUGCCUGAGAUUAUGCUGCCGGUGUGGUUCACUGACAACCUGGAUGCUGCAGCAGGCUACGUUCAGAACCAGAGUGAGGACUGUCUGUACCUCAAUGUCUACGUGCCCACUGAGGAUGGUCCACUCACAAAAAAACACGAUGAGUCUACAAUGAACAAACCGAGGGAUGAAGAUAUCCGUGACCGUCGGAAGAAGCCGGUCAUGUUGUUCAUCCAUGGCGGCUCCUACAUGGAGGGGACGGGAAACAUGUUCGACGCCAGCAUCCUCGCAGCCUACGGCAACGUCAUCGUGGUCACCAUGAACUACCGUCUGGGCGUGCUCGGGUUUCUGAGUACAGGGGACCAGUCAGCCAAGGGGAACUAUGGUCUGUUGGACCAGAUCCAGGCUCUACGUUGGCUCAAUGAGAACAUUGGCCAUUUUGGAGGAGACCCAGAGAGGAUCACCAUCUUUGGCUCCGGCGCCGGAGCCUCCUGUGUCAAUCUGCUCAUCCUCUCCCACCACUCUGAGGGGCUGUUCCAGAGGGCCAUAGCCCAGAGCGGCUCAGCCAUCUCCAGCUGGUCGGUCAACUACCGGCCCCUUAUGUACACCAAGAUUCUGGCUAAGAAGGUAGGCUGCAGCUACGGGGACACGGGCGACCUGGUGGAGUGUCUGAGGAGGAAGAGCUUCAGGGAGCUGGUGGACCAGGACAUCCAGCCGGCCAGGUAUCACAUCGCCUUCGGCCCCGUGGUGGAUGGAGACGUGGUUCCCGACGACCCCGAGAUUCUCAUGCAACAGGGGGAGUUCCUGAACUAUGACAUCCUGCUGGGGGUGAACCAGGGAGAAGGGCUGAAGUUUGUGGAUGACAGUGAGGGGGAUGAUGGGAUCUCUGCAGCUUCCUUCGACUACACCAUCUCCAACUUUGUGGACAACCUGUAUGGAUACCCUGAGGGUAAGGACAUCCUGAGGGAGACCAUAAAGUUCAUGUACACAGACUGGGCCGACAGGGACAACGGAGACAUGAGGAGGAAGACCCUGCUGGCACUGUUCACAGAUCACCAGUGGGUGGCGCCAGCGGUGGCCACAGCCAAGCUGCACGCUGAGUUCCAGUCUCCUGUCUACUUCUACACCUUCCACCACCACUGCCAGACGGAGGCCCGGCCAGAGUGGGCGGACGCGGCCCACGGGGAUGAGCUGCCCUACGUGUUUGGGGUCCCCAUGGUGGGAGCCACCGACCUGUUCCCCUGUAACUUCUCCAAGAAUGAUGUCAUGCUCAGCGCUGUGGUCAUGACGUACUGGACCAACUUUGCCAAGACCGGGGAUCCCAACCUGCCUGUACCCCAGGACACUAAAUUCAUCCACACCAAGCCCAACCGCUUUGAGGAGGUAAUCUGGACCAAGUUCAGCUCCAAGGACAAGCAGUACCUCCACAUUGGCCUGAAGCCCCGCGUCAGGGACAACUACCGGGCCAACAAGGUGGCCUUCUGGCUGGAGCUGGUGCCUCACCUGCACUCCAUGCAUGAGGACAUCUACCCCAUCACCACCCGCCUGCCGCCUGGAGGAGGAGGUCCCCGCGUCCACCGACCUGGCCCCCCUGGGGCACGCUCCACCCGCCAUCCCGUCAUCUCCACCAACCCCCCUGAACCCGAGCCAGACCCCUCCGAGCCGCCCCGCCGCAACCCGUUCCCCGACGAGAUUAGGGACUACUCCACGGAGCUGAGUGUGACAGUGGCGGUGGGCGCCUCGCUGCUCUUCCUCAACGUGCUGGCCUUCGCAGCCCUCUACUACAAACGGGACAAACGCCACGAGCUGCUGCAGAGACGCCACCGCCGCUUGUCCCCCCAGCGCGGCAUGGGCACCACCAUGGGAGGGGUGGGCGCCCCGUCCCACAACGACCUGGCGCUGAGCCAGGAGGAGGAGCUCAUGUCCCUGCAAAUGAAGCAGCAGAGGGUGGAGAUGGAGCACGGCAUCGGCACGCCCCUCCCUUCCCGGGGUCUCCACGGCGACCUGGAGCCUCUACGGGCGCAGGUGGGCCCACCAGACUACACGCUGGCCCUGCGGCGGGCACCGGAGGACGUGCCGCUGAUGACGGCCAACACCAUUACCAUGAUCCCAAGCACCAUCAGCGGCAUGCAGCCCCUCCACCCUUUCAACACCUACCCCCCUGCCCCGCCCCCCCCCACCACCCCCACCCCUGGCCACAGCAACAACGCCCUGCCACACCAACACUCCACCACCCGCGUAUAGGACCAGGCACAACCUGUGGUUCAGCAGAGAUACAAACAAACACCCCAGAUGGAUCCCAUCCUGUUCUUUCUCUCUCUCACUGGGAUUAUCCUCCAGCUUUUUCCUGGGACUCUUUUUCUGUGUUGCUUUUUUCUUUUUUUCUCUCUCUGUUGUUCUGUUCUCUGUCAAUCUCCCCGUGAGGCUGUGCUGUCGCCCCUACCGUUGGGACACAUGGCUCAGUCUGACUCAGGCUGUGGACUGCUGGGACAAAGACCCAUCAUUACAACUAACACAACUCUAUCACACAUCCUCCAACCUGUUCAUAUGUCUGUACAAUCUGUGUGUUUCACUCUCUUCCUCUCUCUCACUCUGUCUAUCUUCCUCUCUCUCUCAACCCAUAUUACUGCUUCUCUUCUUCUCUGACUCCCACUCACUUUCUCUUCCUGUCUGUUCCUGUGGCUCUUGAUCGCAAUGUUCACACAAUCCUCCCAGUCUCAUUUUCGUCCUCCUUUCUCUCUCAAAUAAACCUCUUCAUGACU